GGCAUAAUUUCGAAAAACCUUGAGCUUCCGCUUUCCUUUCAAUACCUUUUAUCCAAGGAAGGUAAAGAAAAGGAAAGCUUCUCUCUCAGUGUCUCACAGCCUCUGCAUUAGCCAGACAUUAAGGAGACAUUUUUUCAAUGGAAAAGGUGAUGGGACUGGCGUCAGAGAAGGGGGUGGUGAUAUUCAGCAAGAGCUCAUGCUGCAUGUGUUAUGCUGUGAAAAUAUUAUUUCAAGGAAUUGGGGUGGAGCCUCUGGUUUAUGAGAUUGACCAAGACACUGAAGGCAGGGAGAUGGAGAGAGCUCUCAUGAGGUUGGGGUGUAGUGCCCCUGUACCGGCUGUUUUCAUUGGUGGAAAGCAUAUGGGAUCUACCAAUGAAAUCAUGUCCCUCCAUCUUAGUGGCACACUCAUUCAAAUGCUCAAGCCAUACCGGGCUUUAUCUUAAUUGAUCACUUCUUAAUUUGCUACCAAUAAAAAUAAAAAUUGGCUAUUGAUUUAGUAGUCUUGUAUUCUCUAUAUAGUAUUAAGUAUGUGUAAUUGUCUGUGUUACGUAUCCAUAGCUUUUCAUUUGUUACUACGUAAUGAGUUCCCUUUUGUUAAUGAAGUUAUUAGCUUUAUGUA